AAGAUCUGAUUACUAGAAAACUUAAAGUUACACAUGUGGCUGGAUGUUUCUAUUGGACAAGGCUGCUCUAGAGCAUCCCGCCUGGCUUCAAAUCCCGGCCACCACACACAAGCUGCAUGUUCUCAGACAGGUUACCUAAUUUUCUCAUCUGUGAAAUGGCAAUGAUAAUAGUUCCUGCCUCUUAGGGUGCGCCUUUGUACCCUUCUAUUAGCAAAUCAAUGGAUAUGAGUUGUUCCCUGGAAUGGGGCCUGACCUCUAGCAAGGCAGUAUUCUUCAAAUAAGGCAGUCCCCAAAGGAAGACUCUACUGAGAGCCAAGCCACCAAUACUCCCAGCACCUGGAGGAAAGAGUGCAUGGGAGGCAUACCAACCAUCUACAACAACUUCUGUUUGCAUAAUGGAAAGAAAUUUUAUGAAAAAUUAAGAGAAGUUAGGAAGAUUAAACCAUCAAGUUUGUUAAUACAGACUACUAGUGUGCAGAAUUCCAAGCCUAGUCAAGACUCAGAUAAGUCCCAAAGAAGGGUGGCAGGUGUACAGCUCAGCCCAGGAUCCUGAUGGGCGAUGCAUUUGCACAGUGGUUGCUCCGGAGCAAAACCUGUGUUCCCGGGAUGCCAAAAGCAGGCAACUUCGUCAACUACUGGAAAAGGUUCAGAACAUGUCUCAGUCUAUUGAAGUAUUAAACUUGAGAACUCAGAGAGAUUUCCAAUAUGUUUUAAAAAUGGAAACUCAGAUGAAAGGGCUGAAGGCCAAGUUUCGGCAGAUUGAAGAUGAUCGGAAGACACUAAUGACCAAGCAUUUUCAAGAGUUGAAAGAGAAGAUGGACGAGCUCCUACCCUUGAUCCCAGUGCUGGAGCAAUACAAAACAGAUGCCAAGUUAAUCACCCAAUUCAAAGAGGAAAUCCGGAAUCUGUCUGCUGUCCUCACUGGGAUUCAGGAGGAAAUCGGUGCCUAUGACUAUGAGGAACUACAUCAAAGGGUGCUUAGCUUGGAAACUAGACUUCGUGACUGCAUGAAAAAGCUAACAUGUGGCAAAUUGAUGAAAAUCACAGGCCCAAUUACAGUCAAGACAUCUGGAACCCGAUUUGGCGCUUGGAUGACAGAUCCUUUAGCAUCUGAAAAAAAUAACAGAGUCUGGUACAUGGACAGUUAUACUAACAAUAAAAUUGUCCGUGAGUACAAAUCAAUUGCAGACUUUGUCAGUGGGGCUGAAUCAAGGACAUACAAUCUCCCUUUCAAGUGGGCAGGAACUAAUCAUGUUGUCUACAAUGGCUCACUCUAUUUUAAUAAGUAUCAGAGUAAUAUCAUCAUCAAAUACAGCUUUGAUAUGGGGAGAGUGCUUGCCCAACGAAGCCUGGAGUAUGCUGGUUUUCACAACGUUUACCCCUACACAUGGGGUGGAUUCUCUGACAUCGACCUAAUGGCUGAUGAAAUCGGGCUGUGGGCUGUGUAUGCAACUAACCAGAAUGCAGGCAAUAUUGUCAUCAGCCAGCUGAACCAAGAUACCUUGGAGGUGAUGAAGAGCUGGAGCACGGGCUACCCCAAGAGAAGUGCAGGAGAAUCUUUCAUGAUCUGUGGGACACUGUAUGUCACCAACUCCCACUUAACUGGAGCCAAGGUGUAUUAUUCCUAUUCCACAAAAACCUCCACAUAUGAAUACACAGACAUUCCCUUCCAUAACCAAUACUUUCAUAUAUCCAUGCUUGACUACAAUGCAAGAGACAGAGCUCUUUAUGCCUGGAACAAUGGCCACCAGGUCCUGUUCAAUGUCACCCUUUUCCACAUCAUCAAGACUGAGGAUGACACCUAGGAAAAAUGAUUUGCUUUCAUUGAUCUAAACAGUGUCAUUUGUGAUUAACUCUGUAGGACCCCUUUUGUUUUUUCUUUCUUACAACUUUUCAUCAUUUCUCCAAAGCAAAGCAUUUUUUAUUGUAAAGUUGGUGUUUCAAAAAACAGCUGAGCUUGUCUAAGUUAAUGUGUUAGAAACACAUCUUAACUCCUAAAUUUACAAAGCCUAUCAUGUCCUUGUCAUGAAAAGCACUAAAAAGAGUUUAAGUGGCUAAAGUCAUAGUUCUGCAGAAGAUUAAUGAUCUGCCUUAUAUUAGAGUUAGAGACUAAUGGUGGC